GGUAUUUCUACACGAUUGGCUACAUGAAGGAUAUUGCAUUUUCAUCCGGAAGUAUCAUGUUUACUUGGGGGCAAAAUCCAAUUCAUUGCGUAAAAAAGCCACAUGUAAGAUGAAGCGCGCUGGUUGAUUGUCCUUAUGAAACUACUGCACUGGCAAGAUUUCCGUAGAACCCCAUACAUUAAUUAUGCAGCUGCAGACAUUUUUCUAUUUCGGUGCCCUCGCAGUCGUUAUAUUUCCCUCUGAAAUACUCUGUAGUCAUCACGGAGACAUCAAAGUGCUAAUUGGAGGCGUUGGGACUGGCAAAGUUGGAGAAAUAACAACAUUCAACGCUGUGGUUGUCACAAAACCUGACGCAAGGACAAGUCUUAAUGCGAGCGAAAGAGUUAAUUUCGAGUUUUCUUGGAAAGUUUCUUCAAGGCCAUGGGUAAUUUUAAAACACGAAAGAACUAGAAGAAGAUGGGAUAACUUUCAGUGGCGGUGGACUGAAGCGGGGGAUCAUACGGUUUUUGUUUAUGUGCGAAUUCUUGAUGGGAAUGGCAACGAUUUAGCGCGUAAACAGAGACCCCUCACAGGAUACAGUUCAUAUUUCGCUACAAACGAGACAAAGGUCACAGUUCGAGAAUCUGAUGGUGAGGUUCUAUCAACUCUUCAAGUGUGAAAGUCAGUCUAGCCUUUUAUCAAACGUUAUUACGAAAAAGCGUGCCUUGAAAAGUAACUUUUUGAAAAUACCAGAAAGUACAGAGAUCACUUAAAUUGUGGCUUCAGAUUUAUUCUUUUCUUUUUUUUUUUCAUAAAUUUGAUUUGGAAAAUUUACUCGAGGCCAAUACCCCAAAAAUGUGAACCCCAAAGAAAGCAAUAAAUUUUAAGCCACAAUUACGGUCAAUCUGUACUUCCUGGUAUUUUCACAGGCAGACCAUCCUGAACUGUUUGAGGCAUCGUGAUGUCACACGCGACAUGUGAAUCCCAUCAGGGAUGUCACAAAGAUUUCAAGUUGCCGGGUAAAAACAACAAGUAGGUGGGGAAUCAAAAAGCUAGGGAUUUCCUUUGGCUCUAUUUUUCUUCUACUUUCCUAUGAGAGUAGCCGAGGGCCAUGUUCAUACUAGCUGAGGGAAAUUCCCAGUCCCUGGCUCUUAAUGACAGCCCUGGAUCCCAUACAUUUACUUUAUUUUGUGACGCUUGCACUUGGCUUGAUUCAAGUGAUCAGUAGAAAUGCUUUAUCAAACACAGAAUUUUGCACCUUUUGACCCCAAAUGUUGAUAUAAUGUAAGAAAAAUGAAUAAAGAUAACUACAGUAUGAUUUAAGUGUUGUGUUCUGCAUUUUUGUCGCAUUUUCAGUUGCUUGAAAAUGUUAAUAUAGUGUAAGAAAAAUGAAUAAAGAUAACUGCCAUAUGUUUUUAGUGUUGUGUUUUUUGCUUGAAAAUGCCACAAAAAUGUAGAACACAACACUACAAACAUAAGGUAAGUUAUCUUUAUUUAUUUUCUUACAUUAUAUCAACAUUUGGGAUCAAAAGGUGCAAAAUUCUGUGUUUUAUGAAGCAUUUCUACCCAUCACUUGCAUCAAGCCAAGUGCGGGUGUUACAAAAUAAAUUAAAUGUAUGGGAUCACAUGUCAUGUGACAUCACAAUGUCUCAAAUAGUUUGGAUGGUACGCCUGUGGUAUUUUCAGAAACUUAUUUUUCAAGGGACGCUUUUCAUAAUACGGUUCAGUAAAAGACUGACUUACCAAACAAGUUCAAAGUUGCUCUUCUUCCUGGCCCAUAUGAAUGACCUUCUUUAUCAUGUGACAUACCCGUGACACACACCUACAGCUGUAUGACACAUUCAAUCCAGACACUUCCCCUGGUUUCCUCAUUUCCUUUUUGGAGAGGACUUUUUUUCAUGGAACCCUUCAAUUAUGCAGCCACAAGUUUAAUUUGUUGUUGGACAUCAGAUGAAUAAAUUUUGUCCUUCAACAUAUCUUAAUUUGUGUUUUGUUUGGUUUACUGUUUUUGUUUUGUAAAUACACACUGCUGAUUGAAACCAUCUAAGCAUGAAAUGGUGAGAAGAAAAAAAAAACUUCCCCCGGCCAGUAUCACCAUUUUUGCAGCUUUGAAUAAGUUUUUAGGCAUAACUAGCCCCAAUAAAUUUCUUCAAGAGAGCAUAUUAUUGUCCCUUUAGUUGCUAUUAUAUGAAAUAUUCAACACAGUGUUUCCAGCAUCAGUCUAAAAAGACUUGAAAUAUGUGUCUUGUUUCUUGAUAUCUAGAUAUAGGACAAAAACACUGUAUCUCAUUUUUGAAAUUAUUAUAAUUUAGGUUUGGUGGAAAAUGAUUUUCAUGAUGUAUGUUGGUCUCUGAAUACAGGUGAAGAUAAGAUUAUUGCAACUUUGGAUGCAUAUCAGAACGCUUCUCUUAAAGGAGAUCAGAACAAGCUUUAUGUCGGAGCAGUGACCUUGGAGGUCAUAAUUCACAACUUUCCACACCAAAAUCUUAGCAAUGUCACCUAUGACUGGAAUUUUGGUGAUGGAGCAAUCUUCACAAGCUCUCACUUGCAGAAAGUGAUUCACAAUUUUACAACAGUCAAAUCUUGUACAGUAGUGGUCAAUCUUCAUGGAUGGAUUCAGGGCAAGCUUUACAAAGGAAAGGCCAAUAAAACAUUGCAAUUUAAAGGUAUGUCUUUCUUUCGCAAUGUCUAGACCAGUUGUCUGCAUACCUGUUUUUACAUAGCUGGAGAUUGCUUGCCUUGAAGUGAUAAAUACAUGUAGCUUAUCUUUACUUGGUGUGCAAACUGGAAUAAUAUAACAUCAGCUGUGAACUAACAAGAGGGAGCUCAUAGGGGUUAUUAUAUGUUUUAUGACUUGGUAACAAUAUCAAUAAUCAACAAUAAAAAUUAAUACUUAAUAUGUUAUUGAUAUUUUCAUUAACUCCCCAUAUUGCAUUAUGGAUUUCAGGGGCUUUCAGAAGGGGAUAUUGGAUUAUAGCCUGCGUCGCAGAUGUAAUGGAAUAGGUCAUUUUCAAAUUGCCUUAAUCCUUUGUUUCAAAGUGAAGCUAAGUGCAAAGCCGUGGAAAUGAAAAAGAUGUUUUAUUUUCAUGAAAAUAUAACUCAUUUUCUUAAGAAAGGUUGUGCACUAACCCUUUUUUUAAAAAAUAAGAUCUUUUGUAAACUUGUACUUGUAAAAUGGCCUGUUGUAUGGUCUAUAAGUUCAUAAAACCUUUUCUUCUUUUCAGGUGAUAUUCAUCCACACCUGGUGAUCAAAUGUUCUUCUGGGCCUAAGCUUCCUUCUAAUCAUCAAAAUGCAUUCCCUACAGACAUUCCUCUUGAGUUUGAAGUAAAUUUUAAAGAUCCUUAUAAUCUAAUAACAGGAGUUUCCACUGACUGGAAAUUUGGUGAUGGUUCCUCUGUGCGCAGGUGGCCCAAAAGAACAAUUUCUCAUACAUUCCAUAAAGAAGGAAAAUAUUCCAUUUGGUCAACAGUCAGAGUUAAUACUAAGUUUCUGGGAAAGAAAUCAUUUUCAGUUCCAACUCAUCUCUAUGUGAAAGGUUGGUAGAUGUGCUUCACAAUUUUUGCAAUGUAAAUUUUUUUUUAUGCAAUCGCAUUUCCAUAAAAUGUAAAAGUUUGGAAAUAUUCCAGACUCUUCUACCUGUUAUCAUUGCCUCUCAUGCACUGUCAGAGAGUUUGCACUUUUGUUAAUUAUUAUUCUGUUCCCUAUUAGCCUGUGCUUUUCACUAACAAGCCAAAUGAAAUGUGUUGAUGUGCAGCAAAUUGGUAGUUUUUUGAUGUUGCAGUUGGAUGCAAUCACCAAAAUAAAUGUAAUACAAAAGAUUGAAAAAGACACGAAACAAUACCCAUGUACCAAAAACAAAAGUGAACCAACAAUAGUUUUCACAACACGAAGAAACACCACACAGAAUUAAUGCUUUGCUGUUUAUGUUACAGAUCCUGUAUACCUUAAAGUGAGACACAGACAUCUUGAACAUAAAGACAAGACAGUGAGAUUUAACAUUUCUUGCAAUGGAAGGCAAGUUAUUUUUACUACAAUCCUCUUCAACACUUGAGUGUUUUGUUCUCAAAUCAACUCACCAGGGUUCACAGACCUGGCGGAUCGAGGGGAGGGCCCUGGUACCCCCUUAUUUUUAAACCAAACUGAGGCCUGAGAUGCUGAAAAAAAAUUUUUUUGACACCCCCCCCAAUCUCAGGGUCCUGAUGACCAAGCCCCCACCUCCCCUCAUCUAAAAAUCUGGAUCUGCCACUGCAGACUUAAUAAGAGGAAGAGUUUUAUAAUCUCAUUUUAAAACUUAAAGAACCUUUUAAUAAUUUAAACUGGAUUUUUUGAUUGCCAAAUUAUUUGGCAUUACUUGGAGACUGUUUGUCUAUUUGCCAAUACAUGGGUAAAUCUAUACUGAAAGCGGUUAAAGUACUUUCUAUUGCUCUACAACUUCUUCUAGAACAAAUAUUGCUCUUUAACUUCAUGUUUAAUAAGACUGCCUGUGUUGUACUGAGUAAGUUAUAAGACCUUUUGUCAGAUCAUUACCAGAGUUGGCUCCACUGAAGUAAUUUUCAGGUGUAGCUUUUGUUUUGAGUUUGAAAACAGCAUUUUAGCUUCAGGACUAGUAAAUUAUGCUUGCAUAAGGUUUAUUCAGUGUUGACCCCAGUAGUGUUGUGAUCUUUGUUUUUAAUUAAGCGCAAAUAUUUAUCAUAAGCUGCAAAUGAUGUGUCAGUGUUAGUUACUACACUCAUCUUAAUUUCAUUUCCGUCAUCUUUUUCAACAGUCUUCCUGUUUCCUUUCACUGGUGUGUCAACAAACAAUGCCAUCUUCCCCCGGGAGAAAUAUGCAGUCCUAUGAUGGAGUACAGAAACUCUUGUAGUUUAAUAGUGAAUCACAGAUUUAAUGAUGCUGGCCAGUAUUGUGUUAAUAUUGGAGUUAUGAAUGAUGUCAGUGGUACCAACACAUCUCUUAUGGUACAGAUUCCUGGAGGUAUGUUACCUGUGGAGGGUUCUUGCACAAACAUUGUGCCAGACUGGGCCCAUUUUAAACUGACUGGGUCGAAUAUCAACAAGUAAAUUUAGUGAGGGGAGAAAUGAUUAUGGAGAUUCACGGUUUCAGCCUUGCUUUCUUGAUUUCCAGUAGUUAACAAUAUUCCUACUAAACCAAGCUGUAGAUCAAUGAUAGUACUUGUAGACUCAAAUUUCAUACUUAAAUAAUGUACAAAGGUUGAAGGGACACCUGUCCAUGUUCAUGUGGCAAAUGACUCUAAAGUUUAUGUUAUGUUAUGAUGGCUGACUGGAUUGAGCAAUGAUUUUACUUGGAUGUUUAAAAAAAGAUAGACAUUUAUGAUUGUCAUCUUCUACUUAGAUUGCACUUUAUUAUGAUUUUAUUGUGAACUCCUUGCAGAUCAAGUAGAUCAAGACAGCAUUCUGUAAUUUUAUCAACAAGUGAUAACUCAAAACAUCUACUGUAUCAUACCAGGAGCAGAUUUUUUGAUAAGUUAUUGGAUUUACUUAAAUGGUAUUUGCAAUGAGCGAUAAGAGUUAAAGCUAAAAAGAGUUGUCUGUCCCUCUUAGGUGAUAUCCCAGUUCCUAAACACAACCACAGAAGAACAUCUUUAACAGGAAUAAUUAUAGCACUCUUUGUCCUGUGCAUCUUAUCGAUUGUUGUAGCUGUGAUUGUUGCUCGAAAGUGGAUUUAUAGUAAAAGAAAAAAGACAGAAAAGGCUGACUUUGAAUUCAGAGAUCUGGACGCCUUGAGUGUGUCUUCAGUGGAAUUGUAUGGAAGGAAGACUUGCUUUGGACGAUGUGGAUCGAUUUGGAGCUCACGUAAAGCUGAAGAAAGAAUGCCUCUUUUUAGAGACACACAGUUGUAUACACUCUAAUUCAAAACUUUUAUUCAUCUUGUGUUGUAGUAACUGUACUAACCAGUCUAGUAGUUGUCAGAGGCAUGGAGAUACAUUGUUUAGGUGUGUACCAUAGGGUUCUUAAAAACCUGGCUCUAUGAAAAGGAAAUAAAACCAGUUGGAAAAAUGACAUCCUUUUCAAACCAGAGCAAAACUCCUAAGGAGAGUUCCUCCACGCCUGACAAUCCUAAGGAUUAUUGAUUUUAUAAUACCAACUAAAAACAGUCUAUUUAACAAAACAAUGGUAUUUUCCUCUGUCUUCACUUAAAGAUGACAGAAAUGUAUAAGAGUUGUACCACUUGCGUUUUGAACAUGGUCUGACAGUCAGUUCUUCAUUGACUCUGAUAUAUUUUUACGUCUAAUCGGGAAAUAAUAAAAUCCUUUUGGGGGGGAUGGGGGUUAGCGGCAGCCAGAUGUAUGAAGUCACAUUUUUAUAAGCAGUACCAAAAAGCAUUGUUAAUAGAGUGGAAAUUAUGGUUAUGAAGCCUGUCAGACUCCAGAUCUAUGUUUUUGUGGACUUGAAGGUGCACAACAUUCAAUAGCCUUCUUAUCAUUUUGAUCUUAUUGACCAAUAAGACAUCGUAUUAAUUUAUUCCGUCACAAUUUUUGAACAAAUAACAAUGUAUUCUGCAUGCACCGUCAAGGAUCUUCCAACAUAAACUGCAGUAGCUAGUGUUGUUUUUAUUUUUAGUGUUUGCCACCUUUUAUAUCGACCCUAUAUCCAGUCUCCUCGACUUACUAUACCAAAAAGAAACAGAAAACAAUUUCUUUUGUUUUGGGGCGAUACUCUUUCCUUACAUAGGAAUGAAGGGCAGCCUAUGAAAUAAAAUGUAUUUAAACUCCAUUUUGAUAUAGGGUAUUUUUUGUAUCAAAAGAUUUCGACCAAUCAUAAGAGUUGAAAACAAUAAUCAAGAAAAGUUUACAAUUUCACAUUUUUCUCACGUGGGAAAUUUUUCUAUGUUAUUUAGACUUAGACAAGAUUUUGUUAGAAACAAGUUGGUUGGAUAACUAAGGGUGCUGCUACAUACAUGAUGCUUUGCAAAGUUUUUGUAAGCAUGGUACUGACAAUAGUAAAGUUAGCACCUCUUUGCAUCUCAACUAGCCUGCGAACCGCAGACGUAUUUCCGGUCGUCGCUUAAGGCUCCCUCCCUUUUUCGGAGGUUAUUGUGAUAAGUAAAUUAAUUACAAUUUAAUAGUGUGAGUGGCAUAAUCAGUGAAUUUACUACCAUGUAUUCCUUGUACUGCUCACCCUUACACAGGUAGAAUAUAAGACUGGCAAACAUAGUUAUUGAUAAAAAACGUAUAUUUAUACUGUUAUUGUAGUCUUGAAUAGGACUGUUGUUUAACCGUCUUAUAGAGGACUGCAGCCUGCAAUAUAUUGCUUAUGUAUAUAUAGAAUUUAAUUUAUCAUUGAUAUACUGUAUUGCCAAAUUAAAUGUAAAGGAGUAUUUACUUGUGCUAUUUUAUGUUUAACUGUUUUGUAAAUAAAAACAACGACGAACCCAAAAGAUAUAUUGUCAAAGAAAAAAAGACCAUACAGAUGUG